AUGGCUCCAGCAGCACCACGACUGCGGAUACUGUCAGUGGGCGGCAAUGCCGUCUCUGCGUUCCUGUCCUGGCGACUCCAAGCCACUCAGGCUUGCGACGUCACGCUUGUUUGGAAAUCUGGCUACGAAAACGUGGCUCAGUAUGGCAUAUCAUUCAAGUCCAUGCUCUUUGGUAACGAGCGGUUUAAGCCUCACUCAGUUGUCAAAUCACCCGAAGACGCCGCCCACAGCUCGAAACAACCGUUCGACUACGUCCUCCUUUGCGUAAAAGCUCUACCCGAUAUGUACGAUCUCGCUGCCAUCAUCGAGUCCGUCGUAUCUCCUCAGCACACCUGCAUACUCAUCAACACUACACACGCACUCGGCGUCGAGACAUAUUUGGAACAGCGGUUUCCAACGAAUGUCGUCCUAUCACUAGUCUCAGGAGCGGAGAUCGUCCAGCUCGGCGCGAGCGAGUUUGAGCACAAGGGCGCAACCGACAUCUGGGUAGGGUCGGCAAACAAGAACGCAUCGAUACCAGUGUCGAUACAAUCAGACAUGGCAGAAGCCCUGGCGAUGACGCUCAGUUCCGGUCAAGUGGAUUGCAGGGUGUCGACCAACAUCCGGCAGCAGCAGUAUGAGCGGAUGAUUGGGCCGAUCGCAUUCCAUCCCACCAGCGUAUUGUUCGAGACACCCAACCAUGUGGAGCUCAUCGAGAAAGUUGGUGUCCGUUCCAUGGUCUCUGGAGUUAUCGACGAGCUACUAUACCUUGCCAGAGCACAAGGUUGCGUUUUCCCGGAAAACUUCAAGGAAUCUACUAUCGAGGCGAUGCUGCUACCGCAGGUCACAAACAGCAUCAUGUACCAGGACUUCGCUGCCAAGCGACCGAUGGAGAUCGAGGCAUAUCUGGGGUCGCCUGUGAAAUUUGCUCAAGAAAACGACGUUGCAGUACCUCGGAUCGAGACGCUUUAUGCGAUAGUCCACCACCUGAACAUCGUCAAUCGGGAGCGACCCAUCGCAGCUCCAGCCUCACCAGUUGCCGGACCACCGCCUCCUCGGUUGUCGUCCGCUCAAGCUUCUAGAGGCGCUCCGAUGCCCAUGAAUGGACCGAUGAACGGAUUACCGAAUGGGCAUAUGAAUGGCCCUAUGUACGGGGCCCCGAUGAACGGGCCGAUGAAGAACGGAAUGCGACCCAACGGUAGCAGAGCGCCUUCAAUGACUGGACCGCCUCCGAUGAUGAUGAGACGGGGCCCUCCUCACAUGAACGGCUUCCCGCCUCGACAAGCGAAUGGCAAUGGCUACCCUCCACAAGGACCACCGAUGAAUAGGCGGCCUUCCAUGGAGGGCAACGAUCUUGAAGAGUUCAGUCAUCUAAUGCUGUACGACAACGUACCAGACGGCGGCGUUCCGGAAGGGUCGAGCGCGAUAUACGCGGAAGGCAACACGACGCCAUCCUCGAGCGAUCUUGCAUUACGAGAGAGGGAGUUGAUGCUGCGGCAAAAAGAGCUCGCACUGAGAGAGCAGGAGUACCAUGCGCGGCAGAGACAACAACAGCGAAGGGGGCCACCGCCUCCGCCCCAGCCCCGUUCCAAUGCCGGUGGCUUCGAUGACGACGAUGAUGAUGGGGACGACUUUUUCGAUCCUAUGUCAGGGCACGGUCCAACUUCCCAAAUGAACGUUCCUGAAGACUUUGACAUGAUGAGCGUUACGUCCCGUCGUACACGAAAAGCGCCAAGUGCUGGCCAGCUACGCAGCAAUCCUGAGGCUAUGUCUCACGGAGGUUCGAGGAACCCUUUCAGCCGAGCGGGGAAGCAGAACAGGAACAGUGCCAGACUGGUGGCUGAUAUCCCUGGGCUGCAUGAUUCGCUCAUGAAUGACCCCUUGAUGGGCUACUCUUCCAAUCGCUACGGAACCGUUGACCGUCAAGCGAUAGGACAGGAGUCGAGAGCGAACUCACUGACCGCAGAUCGCCUGAAUGAGCUGCAGCAAGACGGCGGGCAUGGCGCAUAUCCUUCGAUGACCCACCCUCCCACAUCCCGCCGCACCAGCCGGUCGCCGGGCAACCCGCUGAGCCCGGGACCAAGGCCUGGCGGAAGACCGUCACCACCGAACGGGUAUGCAUACCCAAAUGGCAGGCAUCCCGGCGGCCGGCCGUCUCCUCCUGGGAUGAGGCAGCCUGUCCCACGACACCCGCCUGGUCACGGCAAUGCGGUGGCGCCACACCGGGUCGAGCAACACGCUGGGGUGAGCAACCUUUACCCGCCCAAAGUCGGCCCUCAAGUGCGGAGUCUGACAGGCAGUGCGAGCGCUAGCGCGGGGAGUGGUGACAGCGGCGCCAGCGCUCACUUAGAUUCUUCGGCCCACAGCAGCCAGAGCAGUCUUGGUCCUCGUCCCCCUAUCGGCGUCCGGUAA